GAAAUUUUCCAUGUCGGGGGACGCUCAAUUUGCAUUGUGCCGCAGAGAACCGCGAGGAGCAUGAGUGUAGACGAUCGGCCGCGCAAGUCCGAGGACAUCCUCGCCGUGACCGAAGCGCCUAUCGUAGGAAGCGACGGCAAGAGCAUCCGUCGCAAGCAGAAGUUUGGCGGACGUCGGUCCGUGUGGCCGGGGGCGUUGGCGUUGAUCCUCGGCAUCGCUGGCGCCAUCGGCGCGCUCGUGUAUUGGGGCACAUGGGAACACACGCAAAUGCUGGGUCGUCAGCCGGACGAAUCCAGUCUUGCCAAGGCGUACGGGUCCGGCCACACGAUUUCGGACGGACAGGUCGUGAACACGACGACUGAACUGCCGCUGGAGGUGACGAACCCCGUCGAGUACAAGGACAUGAAGUGCGCGCAAAUCGACUACUUGUCCAAGAACAACAGGAUCUACACCGUGUCCAAAGGGAAGGAGACGCCGCUCGUGUUCAAGGGCGUGAACUGGCUCGGCCUCGAAGGCUGGGACCACGUGAUCACGGGUCUGUGGGACGGCCCCCGCGACGGCAACUCGUUUUACCGCAUCGCGUCGUUCUUGAGCUCGAACGGGUUCAACGCCGUGCGAUUUCCCCUGGACAUUGACAGUGCCGCGCGCAACAUCCCGAUCAAGACCAACUUCAACACGAACUCGCAGCGUGCGCUCGCGUCCGUUAAGACGUACGUGGACCUGAUCACGCGGUUGACGGAGGGAUUGGGGCAGUUCAAGAUCGCCGUGGUGCUCGACUUCAACACGCGCUCCAAGGCGACGGACCUGAACUCGACCGACCAGAGCGUGAUCAGCUUGGAUCAGCGGCCGUCCAGCGACGGGUCCACCGGCAACGGCUGGGAAAACGUCAACGUCCGGUACGCCGAGUACGAGAAGGCCAUCGCGAACCUCGCCACGGCGCUAUGUAACGAAGUGCAUUGGAACGUUGUGGGCCUCGAUAUCAAGGACGCGCCGGCGGGAGAUGCGGGCCAGUGGGACGGCGAGGAGAAGACGAGCUGGCAGAUGUUUGCGUCCAAGGUGGGCGCGGCGGUCGUCAAGGCGUGCCCGACGUGGCUCGUGUUUGCACAGGGACUGACUGGCAAGACCAAGUUCGGCACGGGCGACGACACCAAGUCGGUGGCCGACUGGCCAGGUUCGUCUUUGCGCGAAGCGCUGACCUCUCCCAUCAACGUGGGCAAAGCCAACAAGCUCGUGUACGCGCCGCCGUUUUGGUCGCCGUCCAUAUACCCGGCGCCGUAUUUCUUCAAGUCGUCCACGGGGGGCUCGCUCUUGACCAAGUGGACGGGCUUCACCACACAAGUGGACAUGGAUACGAAUGUGGGAGAUGCGAUGAAGGCUAUCUUUGGCGAUUUGCUCAACAAGCAGAGCGCGGCGGUGGUGCUGUCGUCGUUUGGGGGGUUGUUUGGGACGGAGGACCUGGACAAGGGCAAGGUGUCGACCAUGGCCAUCACGGCCAUUGUGAACCAGAUGACGCUGUCACAGAAACCCUUGUCUGGCGGGUUUUGGUGGUCGCUCAACCCUGACAACCGCUGGCCCCACCCCGCGCCCGACAGCCCCGUGAGCGUUGCGUCCGGUCUGCUCGAUCCGACGUGGCGCAAGGGCAACUCGGAGGCGCUCCGCGCCACGAAACUCAUGGAUGCGAUUCCUGGGCUUGCGUUUUUGCCAUGUGACCCGAGAUAAGAUUUAUAUAACACCGAUCGUUUCAUAUGGACGACAA